GACGUUUAGUGAGAAACUUGACCCCGAUGCACAGAAACCAGACAGUCCUGUACCUGUUCAACGGUUCUCUCCCGGGCCACACGCCACUCCACUGCGGCUGAUGCUGCCGUGAUGAGUCCUGCGGGUCCUUGCUGAGCUCUGGAGCUGUCCAGUCGGGACCAUCGUACCGCCAUGGCCUCCCCCGCUCCCCGGUGCACAUCUGUCACACUCCCCGCUCUGGCCGCGGCUGUCGCCCUGCUCCUGGCGGCAGUGACCACGGUGGAGUGCUCACAGGGCGACAAGGAACCUGUUUACCGGGACUGUGUCAAGCAAUGUGUCCGCAUCAACUGCACCGGAGUCCGGCUGAAAGGCUUUGAGUCCGCCCAGCCGCCGUACAUGGCGCUCACAGGUUGGACAUGUCGUGAUGACUGCCGUUAUCAGUGCAUGUGGACCACUGUUGGUCUUUAUCAGGCAGGGGGCUACAGGGUUCCUCAGUUUCACGGCAAGUGGCCAUUUGCUCGCUUCUUAUGUUUCGAGGAACCCGCCUCUGCCCUGGCAUCUCUGCUGAAUGGUCUGGCUUGCCUCCUCAUGCUCCUGCGCUAUCGCAGCACUGUGCCGCGACAAAGCCCCAUGUACCACACCAUCAAUGCCUUUUCACUGGUAUCUCUUAAUGCCUGGUUCUGGUCCACAAUUUUCCAUACCCGGGACACUUACCUUACUGAGAAAAUGGAUUAUUUCUGUGCAACAGCUGUCAUUCUCUACUCAAUCUACUUAUGCUGUGUCAGAACACUGGGUCUGAAGCGGCCGGGGGUAUCCAGCAUGGUGGGCGUCUUGCUCAUUCUGGUCUUUACAUCACAUGUUUCCUACUUGACUUUUGUCAGUUUUGACUAUGGCUAUAACAUGCUCGCCAAUGUUUCUAUUGGUAUGGUAAACUUGCUGUGGUGGCUGUGCUGGUGCUGGCAGAACCGGAGGACCCUGCCAUACUGGUGGAAGUGUGGCCUGGUGGUGCUGCUCCUCCAUGGGCUGGCUCUGCUGGAGCUGCUUGACUUCCCUCCACUGCUCUGGGUGUUUGAUGCUCAUGCAGUCUGGCACCUCAGCACCAUCCCUGUUCACUUCCUCUUCUACAGCUUCCUUAUAGAUGACAGUCUCUACCUGCUAAACACAGAGAAGUUGGGAGUGAAAGUGGAGUAGAAGGAGCCUGCCCCUUCAUCAUCACAUCCUAGCACCUCUACAGUCAGGGACACAAGACAGGUCCAUCGUUCCAGAUGACGCGUGACACCUUUGAGACUUCCACUGGAGGAGAUAUUGUUUACAUAACUGGGUGAUGCCACAUUUAUCUGAAACAAUAUGUUGUAAAAGAUUUUUCAUCCACUGUGUAACGCCUUUGCAUCAUUUGACUACAUGCAAUUCCACUUCCUUCAGCUACAGUGGGCAAUUAAGAAAAAGAUCAGUAGUUUACAGUAGCUGACAAUAGGGGGCACCAGAUCCUUGCUAGUCCAUCCCAAUGUGCCCCAUGCAGAAGUGCAGCAUGAGCCAGGCUUCAGUGCCAAAAGUGGAGUGAGCAUUGAGGGGUUCCCUCGUGAAAAGGGGGCACUGGAUUGUUCCGGACAUUGGGGUAAAAGGGUUUAUGUUUGGAGGCUUUUCCAGCUGACUAGUUUUUUUUCCCCUCCCAUCACACCUUUAUUUCUGUGCCUGCAUUGUUUCCCCUGCCACUUUGUCUUGUAUUCCUCAUCAUUUAUUACUUUAUUUUAACUUUUAUCCACGGCCUUAAUUACUUUGCACAAUGUUUUUAUUAUGAUCUGCUUUCACUUGAAGGUACUGUAAAAAGAUUGAUAUGUAUCACCCAGAUUGCCUUAUAGAGAGAGAGAAAG